CUCCAGACCUUUCCAUCUCGUAACAGACUCCGCUCCGGCUGAGCACGGAGAUCCAAGCCAGCAGCCAUCCUUCCGUGUAGAGAAGGGUCCUUCACAUUGUAGGUGUGUGUGCGUGAGAGAGAGAGAGAGAGAUGGCUCAGCGACAAGAGGAGAGGGACCACGACACGCUCCUUCUGCUUUCCUCCUCUCACUCUGAGGUCUGAGGGCGCCGGCAGAGAUAGAGGGUGGGUGAGAGGGAGGGGGGUUAAAAAAAACGCAUUGACACGCAUCUUGGAUGCCAACCCUGGGCCAGCCGAGCCCGAUGUAGCCCGGGGGACAGGCGUGCAGCGGGCUGUGUGCGGGCGGACUGAAUGGCAGGUUAUGUGAAAGUCGAGAGUACCCAGUAAGCGGGCGCCCGCUCUACGACCGCCGGCUGCUCGUCAGUUUCGCCCGCCGUACGCAGGUCAGUUUCACUCCCUCGGACUUGUCACUUUCCACCUGGAGGGUUAAACUUGAGGAAUGUCUAAGAGAGAUUCCAGCUCCGGAUUCCUGGACCGUUAACUCAAAACAGCAAAACCUGCAAACCUUCCUGGAUUCACCCCCCUACCCCCUCCCCAGUUUGCUGCCCCUGGACUCCAGGCUUUGUUAUUUUGCUGCUUCUGGACGGAAACAAUCUCAGCUUUUGCCGGUGGGAGAAAAUCGUGCUGGACACAAAUCUUUUCGCUCUGAUAUUUGUUUUUAUCACCUGUGACCAGCAGAGACAGGUCCGCCGGUUAAAGAUUGUUUGCCCGGACACCCAGACACCAAUAUCAGGAAGAUGGGAAGGGUCCCGAUUUGAAAACGGGGCGCUGUGCCACACAGACCCUGAGACUGCACGGUUUGUUUCCGCUGAUCGCUUGCCAGCGGGCUCGGACAGGUUUAUCAUCAGCUGUCUCCCCGCACCUCCACACUCUCCAGCCCCCCUGAUGGCUUCUCUCCGCAGAGUGAAAGGGCUACUGAUCCUCAACCUGGUGGUUGUGGUCGGUUUCCUACUGUUCCUGGCCCGCUGCAGGGUCCCUCUCAAGGGCCGGGAGUUGGUACACGCGGCGCAGGGCAGAACCGAGCCUUACAACCUGACAUCCCGGGGCUCGCCUCUCGUCCAACAGGCAGUGCUGAAAAGGCUCUCUCUCCUGGAGGACAUCGUCUACCGCCAGCUCAAUGGCUUAUCAAAAUCUCUUGGGCUCAUUGAAGGCUUUGGAGGCCGGGGACAGGGAGGAUUGCCUGCUACACUCACUAACGAAGAAGAAAGAGAAGCUGCAGGAGCCUAUGAAAAGUAUGGAUACAAUACCUAUCUGAGUAACAAGAUUUCACUGGAUCGAACCAUCCCAGACUAUCGACCAAGUAGAUGCAAAGAAUUGAGCUACCCCAAGAACCUGCCACAGAUUUCCCUCAUUUUUAUCUUUGUGAAUGAAGCUUUAUCUGUUAUCCUUCGCUCUGUGCACAGUGCAGUGAAUCACACACCAGCCCAUCUACUCAAAGAGAUUAUCCUUGUGGAUGACAACAGUGAUGAUGAAGAACUAAAGGCCCCAUUGGAAGAAUAUGUCCACAAGCGUUACCCUGGCCUGGUGAAGGUGGUGAGAAAUGAAAAACGCGAAGGCCUAAUCCGAGCCCGAGUGCAGGGAUGGAAAGCUGCAACAGCAUUGAUCACUGGAUUCUUUGAUGCCCAUGUGGAGUUUAGUGCAGGAUGGGUUGAACCAGUCCUGGCCAGAAUUAAAGAUGACAGGAAGCGAAUUAUCCUUCCCUCUAUUGACAACAUCAAGCACAAAACAUUUGAGGUUCAGCGUUAUGAGAACUGUGCCCAUGGUUACACCUGGGAGCUCUGGUGUAUGUAUAUUAGCCCUCCCAAAGAAUGGUGGGAUACAGCAGACCCUACUUUGCCAAUCAGGACACCCGCCAUGAUCGGAUGUUCAUUUGUGGUGAAUAGAUUGUUCUUUGGUGAGAUUGGCCUGCUGGACCCUGGAAUGGAUGUUUAUGGAGGAGAAAACAUAGAACUAGGGAUUAAGGUCUGGCUAUGUGGUGGAAGUAUGGAAGUGCUACCUUGUUCUCGGGUGGCUCACAUAGAACGCAUGAAGAAACCAUACAACAAUGAUAUUGGGUUCUACACAAAAAGAAAUUCACUCCGGGUGGCUGAAGUAUGGAUGGAUGAUUACAAAUCCCAUGUUUAUAUUGCAUGGAAUAUCCCCAUGGAUAAUCCAGGGAUCGAUAUUGGUGACAUUUCUGAGAGAGUAGCAUUGAGAAAGCACCUUAAGUGUAAGAAUUUCCAGUGGUAUCUGGACAAUGUAUAUCCAGAAAUGCGAAGAUAUAACAAUACAGUGGCUUAUGGUGAGGUGCAUAACAACAAGGCAAAAGAUUUUUGCCUAGAUCAGGGUCCACCAGAAAACCACACAGCCAUUCUAUAUCCAUGUCAUGGGAUGUCCCCUCAGGAGGAACAUCAAACUUUAAUCAGAUCCAGGAACAAGUUGGUGAGGUAUACGACAGAUAGAUAUCUGUACCUUGGGUCCCUGGGCUCUACUGUCCUACUGCCAGACACCCGCUGCCUCGUGGACAACAAAAAAAGCCGAUUUCCUCAGCUUCUAGAUUGCGAAAAAGUGAAAAGUGUUUACCAGAAGUCCUGGCGCUUUGUACAGAAUGGAUCGAUCCUUAAUCUGGAAACUGGCCGUUGUUUAGAGGUGGAGAAUAGCAGAAAAACCGAUUUUGGAAUGGAGCUGGUUUUACAGCAAUGCUCAGGUCAAAAAUGGACAAUUAAAAAUGUCUUAAAGCAAGCAAUCUAGUCAAGGACAGGAAGCUCAAAUUCUUUGUACUGCAAUAGACUAGAAACUUCAAAAUACUGUUGUUAUGGAUUUUGACAAGUCUCAAGUCUCCAGCACCAUUCAGGUGAUUGACGCAAAUCCAAAUUGGACUAUGUCUUCAGGCCAGGAUUUAAUUUUAAUUUUAAUUUUAUUUUUAUUUUGAGAUUUAGGAAGAUGAAUAUCAUUUUAUGAAUAUUCUAAUGUUACCGAAUGAAAAGAAGUCUGUUGGAAAAUAUCUGUACAAUAAAUUAAAAUAUUAUCUGUGUUUAAAAUUUGUAUAGUGUACACUGUAAAGUACCUUGGUCAAAGCUAAGCAUUGAUAUAUGAGGCUAAAUGAAAUAAGCGCAGUUAUUAUUUUUCAACGAUUAUGUGUCAAUAUGUUUCAUUUUAGAUUUCAUGUUGAUACUUAGCCUUUGAAGAUUGUGUGAUCUUAGUUUGGGCAAUUAUCCCAGUGUGCAUGAAUCCACAAGUACUAAACUGCCUUCACAUUUGAAACGAGCUUGUUGUCAAGUGUUGGUAUAAUAUACAUCAACUAGAAAUGCGGCGAAGAGUAUUAGAAUGGAAUGGAACUAUUGCAGUGAUGUAUUGCAGAAUGAUCUGCAGUUGGGGUUCCAGCACUUUGCUGCAAAAGUGCUGAGCUAGAGAGUUCUGCACUGUUCCUCACUGUGGUAAACAUACUCUCACAGUUCUCACUGUUUUACAGUACCUCAGUUUUGCACCUUGAUAAAACACAUACAGAUUUAAAGCAAAAAGAAGCAAAUAUUGAAAACUUGCCAAAUAUCGUCAAUGGAUAAGAUGGAUCUUCUUAUUCAUGGAAUAAUUUUGCAAAAGGGUAAAAGGCUAAGAAUGGAACAAUACAACAGUAUUCAAUCAAACAGGAUCCUGUGUGGCACAGAUCAAAGGGGGCAGAAAUAUAACAUACAAUAAAAUUGAUUUUGUCAGCAACAAACUAGAACUUGGUACAACUUCUGAAAUACACUGUCAGGAAUUUCCUUGCAUCAAUAUUGCAUUUGCUGUCUGUGUGUGUUGUUGUAAAAGUGAAAUAAAGAUGUGGCAG